AUGAGCUUCUCUAGUGACGCCUUUCACCAGUUUCGUCUUACUGACGUACAGAGCGAGGAUUCAGGAUCAUACAAAUGUACAGCCAGUAACGGAUACGGCAGUGAUGCAACAACUGUUAGCAGAGUCGACGUAAAACGUGAGAACUGAUGUAAAACCCAAUUCAUUGCUCUACCAAUUAAGUUGGGAUAUGUUUCACAUCGUUCCCUAGUGUGUUUUUAGCCUUUGCGUUGAGAUGGGAUUAUCAUUUUUCUUAUUCUUACAAAAUAGUCUUAGGAAAAAUCUCCUUUGUACCUUCCCCUCAUUUCUUCGUUCCCCCCUUGAACCGGGGUUCUCAUUUCACAUACAAAAAAGUGCCCCUUAGUGGACAUGACUGGGGCAGAAUUUUUGAAGAAUCCUGAUAUACGUUUUAAUAAAUCCAAAGCUCACCUUUCCAUCUCCUCUAAAUUUAUUUAGAUGUGGACACGCCAUACAUUUAUUUCAUAGACUAAACAGUUUUUGGUGUCAUAUUUAGUACCGCCGAGAAUAAUCCUUCCUUCAGUUAGAGAAGCAGAGAUCAAAAUUGGAGAUGAUUUCGUCUUGGUAUGCUACGCAUCUGGUGACCCAACACCCAACAUCACUUGGACUAGAGAGGGUUUCUCAGCGAUUGAAUCUAUUGGUACCGGCAACUUUCUGCGACUUGUUAAUGUGAGCAGAAUGAGUGCAGGAUUAUACAGGUGUACAGCUGGUAAUGGAUAUGGGAACAAUGCUACCAGUCUCACCAUAGUCAGCAUUAUAUGUAAGUGUCUUAUUUUGUUUGUGCUGGAUAUAAGUCUUAGUGAUGCUAGUUGAUGCGACGGAACUUCUGUGUAUUUUGCUUUACAUUGUUCACGACAUACGAACAAAUAACAUCAUGGAAUAUCUCCUUUUAUGAUAAGGUUCGGAUAUGGCACACGCUUUCAUUAGUUGAAAGAGCUUGUUAUCAGACUACAAAACACGGAGCUGGGCGAAAGCUAUCACGCCAUCUGCCAAUUUGUGGAGUGUCUAACCAUCACUUGGACUUCUCUCCGGCUUCUUUUUCGUUAGCCGGCAAGUAGCAACAGUAGAACCUAAAAAUGGUUUUUAAACAUCCCAAGCGCCGUAAUUGACGUUAUUAUAACAUGAGGACGGACGAAAAUCAUCAAAGAAGAAACGAAAUAGACUGUCCAAGUUUUAAAGUUUUUACGCUCAGUGAGAUUGUAAGCUUACGUAAAGUGUAUAUGAUUUCGUGUUCAAAAACAAACAGAACAAAACAAGAAUAACGAAAAAUAUAAGCAAACUGGCGUAACUGUUAAAAUUUACACAAAUAAUGAUGGUUUCUGAGCUACUUCGGUCAUGUUGUGUUCCAUCGCGGCUAGUUCAUCAUGGCGAUCUCCGGUGGCCACAAGUGUUACCACGUGCAGAAAUUGUGGCAAGAGAUCGUCUUAUUUAAUAGACACAUUGCUUUUUUGCAAUUUUUGUGACUUCCUGUCUCGGUAAUCAAUGUAUUAUUAAUACUUUCGAUGAACUCUAAGAAAUCUAGGAAAUUGCUAUUGGGGAAUUUAUGCAAUAAUGUUUUGAAAAGAAAUGGAAACGCUCAUACUCUAUCUCGACAUAGAUACAAUAUGUAAAUUUUUGCAAUUUUUGUGUGACAGGUGGUGAAAAAUGUGAGCCUCGCAAAGUUGGACUAACGCUCACAAAUGAAACGUGGACGCAGUCUUUAUUAAACCGGGAUUCUAUUGAGUUCAAGACCUUAGAAUAUAACAUUUUGUCAGCAGUGAGUACAAAGUAAACGAUAUAGAGGUUAGGCAUAACGUCUUUUUAGCGAUCCCGUAAACGUUAUGAUAAAACUCAGUAAAGAAAGGUUUGAACGUCAUUUCAUGGUCAUAGCGUUCGAUGCGAAGUCUUUCUUAAACCACGAGCUACCUAGCUCUCUUUCUCGGAUCAGUAGCUGAUUGCAUGAUUCACAAGAAAGGAGUGAUUAAAUUACGUCUGUGUCGAUUCAGUCAUUUCCCCUCUUGCUUUUGACACUUGCGGGAUUCCAGCUGGGAAAGAGGGGCUGUUUCUAGUCUAUAGUCUCACCUGAAGAAGCUUCUUUGGGGAAAUCGGUGGAUGACAUCCCAAUAUGCUGCCAAGAAGGGGACUAAUCGAGGCUAAGCUAGAGGUGGGGAAACAAAAGUUUUGGCGGCAUUGAAAUUUGGGUGUGAACUUAUCUCGCUUUGAUUAGGUUGGCUGUGAAGACACUUUAGAUAAACUUGUGCAGGUUUAUAAAGGUACUCAUGGGCAAUUGAUGGAAUACAGUAUUACCUCAGUCACUUUAAUAGCUGCUCAUUGCAAAUAAAUCUUCCUCUAAAACAUUUCUAUAUCAUUCACUCUUCUAAUCGACAAGGUUCUCAUUGCUGUAUCCGUCAACGCACAACUUGAAUAAUAAUCCAUUCCGUGUCUUUAGAUCUGGAAUGUUUACGCGCAACAGUCUGGAAAGGAGCUUUACAAAGUGACAGUUGUGGAAUUUAGGUUGGUACAUUCUCUUAUGUUCUUGAACCGGUUUCUAUAAAGGAACUUUAACGUUAUAUCGCUCUGUUAGGAAUAGAAAUCGUAUUCUUAUUUCCUUUUUAAUUCGGUUUAGGCCUGGUAGUGUCGUUGCCAUUGUUAGGCUUAUGUUUGGAAAAGGGGCGAGUGAUCCUUUGAAACCAAUCCAAGAUGAAAUUUCGGAUGGAAGAUUGUCUUCUCUCAAAGUCAAUACUGUAUUGGAUGUGAAUCCAAAGGAUCCAGCUACAACAACAAGUACACAAUAAUACUCCGUUAAAACCUUUUUAGUUUUCUAGGGGAAGUCGGUUAGUAGAGUUUGCCAGGUGUGCUAGCUGUAUCCAAGUGCAUUAACUGUGGUGUACUCGUAUCCAAAAAUAAGCAAAGAGUUGUCAUUCUAGACGAGAACGUACGAAGCUUCUACACUUCCUUUUCCAGAAAGCUUUUUAAAAUUUGACUGUCAAACAAGAUAUAAACGAACAGAGCUACAAGUUAAAAAGAAAGACCGAAACGAAACCAAGCAAACUGAUAUACCUUUUUGAAAUAAGGAAGACGCAAAGCUAUUUUAAGAUAAGUGACAAUUUUUUGUCACCGUGAAUUAUCGAGAACCUGUCCUUAGGAAACAAGACUUUCUACAAUUACCAUCAGAAAAUUUAAAGCUUAUAGUUAAUGGUUACUGUCUUUGUUCUGUAGAAAAUCAGACGGAAACUUCGAAAGCAGGUGAGUGAUAUUUUGUGUCAUUUUUUCGGUUUUUCAGUUUUAAAAGCCGAUGCACUCAAGUAGGCUUUUCAUGCCAUGCUACCUGAUUAAAUGCGCAUCAAUGCCUAUUCUCUUUGGUUAAUAUUAGGUUGUGUUUUAGAGAUUUCAUCCCUUAGGCAUCUAUAAACAAUUUUUUCAUUGAUAAGAGAAUACAGAUAUAGAAUACAGAUAUUUUCUUAGGCUGUAACACCUUAAGUACAAUUCCACUGCAAUAUGUGUGGCAUGAACAACCAUAAACGUCGCUUUAUUUAAAAUAGAUCGUUACUUUGUUAGGUUUCGAUUGGCUCAAGGAGGGAACCAUUCUUCAUGUUGUGUAUUCAAGUGUCAUUUUUGUCCUUUUGGUGAUUUUCUUUGUGGUCGUUAUCUUGCUAUGGAGGAGGCGUAAUAAUCCAGGUACUCCUUUAUACGCUUUGAAGUGUGCUGUUGUGUGAUUUGUUUGGUGAACUCCUUCAGUGUUUGGUUUCUUGUUCUCUGAUUUUAUUGGUUUUUGUUUACCUCAGUUAAAUAAGUUAGCAUGUGAUAAACGUAAUACAUUACUGAUGAAAAAGCCUUUUGAGGUUAUUUAAAAAUUCAGGUCACAGAGGUAUCCGAGACCUUAGGGCUGUCUUUUUUAAGUAGACUUGAGAGAAAAAGUCUGCUACCCGUUUUGCUUCAGUAAUGGAUAAAUUUAGGAUACUGAUUUUUUUGUUUCGUAGGUCCUUCGACUGAAAAUGCGAGGUAAGUACAGACAGUAUUCUGUUUGUAUCAUGGUGUUUUAUUGUUUCUAGAUGCAAUCAUAUAUUUGCAAACAUCUCGCUGAGCAUGCUCACUGACGGAGAGAGCUCAUUAGAUAAUCUCAGACAACGCGGACGAUUGGAUUGGAGUAAAAAAGUUGGAAUUUUUGGGCAGAAAUUUGAAAUUGAAUUGGUUUAUUGUUUGUUGUGAGCAAGAAAUCAGAUUGUACCAUAAAGUGUCAGGGGACAUGUGUAAUAUUUUCAGUAUUUUAAAAUUUACUUUGCUUAUGUAUUCCUAAUUGGAAUGAACUAAAUAACGUGUAAAGCUUCAUUCGAGGAUUUGUUCAUGUAGUGGAAUAUCGCUCACUCGACUUCUAUCAGUUCGAACUUUCUGGCUAACUCAAAUUGAAAGUAAUUUACAUCGAGGUACAUUUUUCACUCAGUUACUAUCUAUGGACUUGAUCGCCCAGGUAUCUCGCAUAAUGUUAGUUUUCAUUACGGCUAAAAUGAAUUUUUUUAAGUUCGUUUUGGUUGUUUGGCCCCUCAUUUUGAUUAGUGCCGGGUAUUAUUAUUAAUUUUAAGAAAGUAACGACUCCGCGUCAAGGUCUACCACUAUGCUGCCCAUAUUUAUAUACAACAUGUUCAUUCUGGAUUUUUUUCAGUUGCCGUUAUCAUCGCAAAAAUGCUACGGAUAAUCAGGUAAAUAUGGAGAAUUUUCGAUGGAAAGAGAUGAAGUCUCCAAGUGCCUUGUUGUUAUCAGACUUCAUGAUCACUUGUCAGGUGUUUCGUUACAGUCACCGUUGCAUUUGGUUUUCGUCAUUUUUUUCACUUCGCUUUUAGGAUCAAGGGAACCCAGUUCAGGCCAGUGAAGCAUACGUGAAUAUCUCCGAACGUCUGAUUUUGAGCGAAGAGGAAACGGUAGUUAUUCAAUCGUCGCCAUCAAGUAACGCAGUACCAAGAAGAAGACAUCAAAUGGACUCUGAGUAUAUGUCAAUUAAGGGAAUAACAGCAAAGUUCAAGAAAUGGGAAGUAAAACGGGAAAAUGUUCAAAUCUCGAGAGUUAUUGGAAAGGGUGCUUUCUGUCAGGUUGCUAAGGCAACUGUAUCAGAUAUUAAUGGAAUAAAGGGAGCAACAACUGUGGCAGUUAAGAUGCUGAAAGGUAUGUUGCGGAGACAAGUAGUUGGUACCUAUCAUUUAAAUCGUAAUUACAGAACAGGUUAUCAAUAAAUCAACAAUUUUUACAAGGAAAAAAGCGAACUUUGAAAAACAUACAUGGCAAAGCGGCUCUUUCCUGUAGGAAUAGUUUGUUGCGUACUCUAAGAGUGGCAUUCCUUAUUCGUAUGAGAACAUUUCGUAUGAGCACAUUGUAUUCUAUGCAACUACAAGUCUCAAACGUGAAAAUGAAUCAGUAGAAUAGACGUCAUCUGGCUUAACUUUUAUACACCUCCUCACAUGCUUAUGUGUAAUGGCAAUGUUUUUCUUUAUUUUUGAUAGAAAAUGCCCCGGAUAAUGACAAGAAAGAUCUACUGUCAGAGCUGGAUUUGAUGAAGAAACUGAGGCCUCAUCCUCAUGUCAUUAAACUGAUGGGAUGCGUCACUAAAACUGGUAAAAUAGGAAAAAGAUAUUGAUGACACUUUCGUUUGUUCCGUCAAAUCUAAAUUUUAGUUAAGUUUCAUGUUGAAACAAAGGGUUAUUUUGCAGAUCCUUUGCUUGUUCUGAUUGAAUACAUACCUUAUGGUGAUCUGUUGGGUUACCUAAGGAAGAGUCGCGGCCUAAAUGACACAUACUUUAAAGAUCCGGAUGUUAAACCUGAGACCAACCUAACCUCAGAGCAACUGAUACAAUUUGCCCUGCAGAUUGCUGAUGGAAUGAACUUCCUUUCUGCUAACAAGGUAUUCACGAAGCGUGUGUCAGUGUAGCACCAUGUUUUCCACUCUGAAAAAGUGUUAGGUCGUAGCAAAACUUUGCUCUGAAGGAUGAUUUGGAAGGUAAAAGUAACCCCUCGAUGCUAAUGAACCACAAAUUCUCUGAUUAUGGCGAAAUUACCUGGUUUGUCAUGUUUAUCAAGGCUGAAUUGUUGUGCACAAUGAUAAACCAUACGGGCACGUACUUUUUUCACUCCCCUCUUCCCCAGUGCAAAAAAGGGAAAAACAACAUGUAAAGAAAAUAUUAUUCCUUUCGUCGCAAGCGUAAGACUGGGAAAGAAAUCCAAGUCCUCUAUCGCAUCUAAUGUAUGGAGUUAGAUCGGAGCUAUGUAAUUCUCAUUUCCUGUCCCCCAAACCUCCUCGUCAUGGCGUCAGAAGUUUCUGUUUCUCGUGUUAUCUUCGUGGCUUGUCUAAUUUCGCUUCUUGAGUCACUCCACAUUUCGUGGCGUCGAAAGGUAAUUUGUGUCGUCGAAAAGUAAUUCGUGUCGUAGCAGUCACUGCUUGUGACCAGCGGUAAGCACGUUUUUAAUCGUUAUGUUGUGUAUCGUCUCUUUCUGUGAAAAUGUCCUUUAGCACACUGAGUUAUCAUUCAACUAACUUUAACUCUUUUUUUUAAGAAUGCCAUUUCUAAUGUUACUUGAACGCUCGAAAGUGUACUGUUUCAGUAAUGACUGCAACGAAAUUGAUUAUGCUUUGUACUAGAUGGAUCAUUUUCUAACGUUGGGCAUUCAACGUUAAAUCGUUUGGAAAGGCACCUAUGUUGCUUGCAUUAUGUAUAUUUGCCUUGAAUACACUUGCAACUAUCCUUGUUUUAAGAUGGCUUUGACAACCAUCCUCUCAGAUCUAAAUCAAACAUGGCACCUGCUCAACUCUGGACGUAUGGUGUAUUAUUUGGACCAGGAUGUAUUAUUGAAUUGAUUUUCAUGAUCCUCCACCUUAUGAAGAAUAUGAUAGGGAAACAUGGAAAGAGGGGACGAUUGAAGUUCCAGAAAUACCAUGACCCUUACCUAGAGAGUCUUUCAAUCUUUUUAAAUCACAAGUUAACCCACUUGAUCGAUCUGAUUGUCAUGGACUAGACCUUAACAUCAAAGCUGUAGAGAUUAUUCAUGGCUUGUUUUUUACAAAAUCGAGUACAAGAAUAGAAUUUCUGCUCGCUGAAAAGAGUUUGAAAUAUAACAAUUAUUAAGCAAGAAAACAGAACAAAUUUUGGAGAUGAAAUGAGUGAAACAACUAAAUAAGCUAUGCGUAUACACUAGUAUGAUCAAAGGUGGAAUGAGUACGUGAAAUGGUAAAAUUUGUCGGCAGUCUAGUAGCACAACCUAGCCCUAAACUUAGAACUUUUGAACAUUAGGAUUAGGGUUAGGGCUAGGGUUAGAGGUAAAGGCAAAGUUAGGAUGGCAUAAUCCACAAAAAUUACGCCAUUCCACCCGUCAUGCCCUUCCGGAAACUCAUUCUUCCUUUUAUCCUUACCUUGUAUAAACAUUAUUUUGAUGUUCAUCAGAACUAAAUAAAAGUAACAAUGUAACUAGUUUCAUUAAUAGUUAACAGUUCUAGCAUUCUCCACAAUGCAUGCUUGGCGGGGUCCAAAAUCUAUAUGGCCUCUGAAACUGUUUUAAUUUCAGCAAUCAGGCCGAUGAAUAUAUAUUUUUUUCAUCAUAUAUGGGGAGAGACAUUAUUGUGGUAGUCGUUGACUAUCAAUUUCAUAACUUGAACAACACAGCAGUGAUGUGUACCUCUCAUUCACAAGUCAAGAACAUGCAAAAUUUGUAAAACAAGCGAGGCCGUUUAACAGCAUUCAAUAACAUAAAUAUUUUGUUUUGAAUGCCUUCAUCUGCUGUAUCCAAUGAAACAAAGCCUAGACAAUACCAAAACCAAAACACUCCUUUAGCAUUGAGAUACCAGCCUUUGUCAUUGAUUCAAGGGAGUUGAUAUGAUGAGGCAAAUGCAAAUGCAAGUCACAAGUUGAAGCACUUGGCCGACAUUUGCAGUUUUCUGGACAUUCAAAAACAAAAGAGAGCAUGAUGGGUGUUUGGAAGCCAAGGGCUGGUUUUUGCUGACAACCGGUAAUUAAUUUUAAGAUAUCCUCAACAGAAAGUUGGCAUUCAGGAAUUCCUGAAUGUACAGUAUGAAAUCUACUUUGAGAAAUUUUUUUUUAGUUGUGUUGCAUAUUACUGCAAUUCAAAAAAGAGCUUAAGCUCAAGCCAGAAGUUGUCGUUAGAAUCUAUUAGUUGAUUCACACAAAUAUUCAAAGAGGAAAGCAAAAAGAGUUGAAUAUACGGGCAUUCGUACAGUGUAGUCAAAAACGCAGAUAACUAUAUACCUCUAUCAAGAGGUCAAGAAAGAGAUCAAACACAGUGCUUUCCAAACGGUUUAACAUUGAAUGCACAACGUUAGAAAAUGAUCCACCUGGUACAAAGCAUAGUCAAUUUCGAUGCGCUCAUUACCGAAACUGUUACACUUCCAACGUUCGCACCACAUUAAAAGUGGUAUUCUUCAAUUAAUUAGUUGAAUGAGAACUCAGUCUGCUAAAGGACAUUUUCCCAGUAAGAGGCGAUACACAACAUAACCAUUAAAGACGUGCUUACCGCUGGUCACAGGCAAUGACUGCUACGACACGAAUUACGUUUCGACGCCCGCGAUAUGUGGAGUGACUUAAGAAGCGACGUCAGACACGCCACGAAGAUAACACGUGAAACAGAAAAUUCUUCCGACGACAUGACGAGGGAGUUUGGAGGACAGGAAAGGAUGUAGGACGAAGUAUAAAUCGACGACACGAACAAAGGAUGCCAAUUUUGUCCCCAUCUUACUCCAUACUAGUAGACGAACUACCGACCCAUAGAAAACUCUUUGGUGAGCAAGAUAAGUUCAUUUAUGACAACGUUCCGCAUACUAUUAGGAUCAGUCAUGUUGAAAGUGUCGUGUGAAAGUAAAUUUAAAAGAAAGAUGGUAUAUCUCCAGCUCUGCCGUCGAUUAGAGAAAGUUUUUGGUUUUUGACAAUUGGAUGACCGAACUCAGAACUUACCGAUUUUCCUGUUCUGAAUGGCUCCAUUUUUUAAAUUACAUUACAUCCAUGUGUCAGAUCAUCCACCGUGACUUAGCGGCCAGAAAUGUUCUUGUCGGGGAAGGAGAGAAGUGUAAGGUGACAGACUUUGGAAUGGCGAGGAAUGUUAACCAGGAUGAUAUCUACAACAAAACAAGUCGGGUAGGAAACUGAGUUACUCCCUUUUCUCUUUUAAUUCGCCUCCAUUUUAGAAGAGUUUUUUUCGCUCUUACAUCAAUUUCUACUUAGGAUAUCGUACUUUGGAAAGUUCACCAAUUCUCCUCUGAAUGAAGGAAGAAAUCGAUAUGGAUUUAAUAUUUCUGUUGUGUGAUUUGAACAGGGCCGUCUGCCAGUAAAGUGGACCGCCUAUGAGGGUUUAGUAUAUGGAAAAUACACAACGCAAAGUGAUGUGUAAGUAUUCCCUCCUUUAAGAUGCUCUAAACAUAGUCAUCUGGGUAUGACUCAACUUCAGGUCCGGAUUUUGGUCAUUAUAAUUUCUAAGAAGUCCUACAAUGCACGCAGAUUCAAAUAUCUUUUUAUUUUCACUUCCACUUUCAUUUUGUCACAAAAAUUUCGCUUAGGUAAAAUUAAGAUUAGCAGUUAGGUUUGACUUGAGCAAACGUUCACCACAAACGGGAUCACAAAGAUUUUAUGCUGUAUCCUGAAAAGAAAUGAGCUCAAAGUUACCGGUAUCCCUUUAACCAUCGCAAGCAUACCUCUUACUAGCUUAGUUCUCCUUCCUGUUUAGCUUCCCAGAUAAUGCGUUUUUUGGUCGUCAUUUGAAUCUUCAUGCUUUCUAAGAAAUGAUUAUGGAGACUAUCUAGCGGCCUUAAAGGAUGCUAGUUGAUGUUGAAACUCAUGCCGUUUGAGAACUUAUCUCAGCAGGGAGCCUGAAUUUUUUGCGUAGUUAAAAGAGCUAUACUUUGCAGGAACUCAAGUUGAUAGCCAAGCUGGUCACUCAUUCUUGAACCAUGUUUAAACAUUAAUAUAUAAAGACUUAACCUCUUUCCUGUCUCGAUUUAUUCAUAUUUCUUUUUUAAGACUUCAGGCUACGUGCAAAAUCCCAUAAUAGAUCUUGGCCGAUGAUGUCGGGACCACUGAUUAAAAUAAAAUCUGUUUUCUAAGCAGCGAGAAAGUUAAAAUCGCGAAUUAUCAUAUUUUACUAGACUCAGAGUGCUUCGCUGCCUCAUGCAUUUCAUUGCUUUUUCCUUUUUUGUCAUUUGCAGGUGGAGUUUCGGAGUUGUUCUGUACGAAAUAUUUACUGUAGGUACGUCUGAAUCUAGCAAAUAUAUAACAGUUUUAUCGUUAAAACAAAGCACUAUUUUGUAUGGACCGGGGAAGAGGGGAUAGAAUUGCCGCAGUUUUUAAGUAAGUUUUGACGAGGUUGAUAUAGUGAGGUUCGUGAUAAGACAAUGAGUCCUGGAAUGUCAAGAAAGUUACGUGUGUGAAUAUUAUUCUUGCCUCAUUACUUUUGUUUAAGCGUUCAUUUUAUGUCCAUAGGUGGAUCUCCUUACCCCGCGAUUAACGCUCGCGAAAUUGCAAAGAAACUUCAGCAAGGAUACAGAAUGCCAAAACCUAAACAUGUUGAUGAACAGCUGUAAGUGUUCUGCUGCUAUUGUUUUUAAUCCUUGUUACCACAGAUAGCAAUAAGAGGUAUAAGUGUUUGAUGCCCUGUCAUUAAUUUAUGACCAUUCAACUGAAUCAAUACGUUUUGGUAUGACUCAUGCCAUCAUCCGUACUGUUACAGUAAGUUAACCGGUAACGAGACAUGCGCGCGCGCAAGUUUAACAUUUGGAAGUUUUGGUAUUUAAUGGUUUGGUAUUUAGGUUUGGUACUGUGAUUUCUAACACUGCCAUUUGAUUGAAAUUGAUAUAGUAAUUUUUAAUGUAACGUGUGAAAACUAAGUAAACGGAUACGACACAAUGGACUGAAGAUGGCACGUGUCACGCCGAAUCAUGUCUUUAAAAAAGUUUAAUCGAAAGUUUGAAAUUUGUUUUAUUUGACCAAGUAGGCUUUGAAAAUGCCAACGAGUUAAUACCUUGUGCAGUGUAAAAAUCAUAGAUGUCUGUGUUUAUACGACAAAAUCGCGAGAUCUCAAGAUGUAACCAAAACCGAAAACUAAAUCACGGAGUUAAGAUUCUUAAUAUUAUAGUAGAUGUUAUAUUUAUCACUUGUCUUUAGUUACCAGAUUAUGGUCCAGUGCUGGCAGGAAAAUCCAAACGACAGACCGACAUUCCCUUCACUUAAAGACAUUAUCACUCGUAUGUCUAAAAACAAAAAUGUGAGUGAAAAAUUACGUUUUUCUUUAGCCGUAGUAGUAGAUUAUUAGGUAGCACUAUCAUUUAAAUGGAUAUGUUUUGAAAGCCUGUGUAUGUUACUAGUUAGAUAUCUUAGGAUUUAAACCAAAGAGAUACAUGUUGUAUAUGGUAGUCACGAAAUCUGGCUGAUAAUUCAAAAGGAAAUUAACGGCUCGCAUAUUUCCCGCUUGUGACCCUCCCCUAAUAAUCCCCUUUUGAAUUGUGCGGGAUUAACUUUCUUCUCUAAAACGGAUGACUUGUUGCAUGUAUUAUUAUAAGUAUUAUCAUUGUUGUUGUUGUUAUUAUUAUUUUUAUUAUUGUUAUUAUUAUUGUCAUUAUUAUUGUUAUUAUUAUUGUUGUUAUUACUAGUAUAGGUAGUCACACGAUUUCGAGUGCAAUUUUGAAUAAACAGGAAUGAAUGAAUUUUUUUGCAAAGACUAGCAAAAUUACACGAGCUCGUAGGGCUCGUGUAAUUUGUGGUCUUUAAAAAAUUUACAAGUGCUUAUUUAUUCAAAAUUGCACAAGAAAAAUCAUGUGAUUAAGUAUUAAAAAUAUAUGUGAAAAAAUACAAAAUAGCUUAUCAUAAUUAUGCGGAAGCAAAGCGCGCGCAUCAAGUGCAAAAAUAAUUUAUUCAAACCCUGCCAGUGACUUUGUGCGUUCGGUCAAAACAACCGCGUACGAUCAAAACAAUAAUAUGCAACGAUAUUUUCACAUCUUUAAUGCGCAAAGAAGCCCAAAGUCCGGCUAAACAGUUUAAGGAAUUGUUCAGUCUGGUUUGUUACUUCUUUGCGCUGAAUUAACCCUCUUCUGCAUUGAAUUACCUGAAAACUGCAUUUAUCUUAACCAAUCAGAAUUGAGUAAUUUUUUGAUGCAUCGUAUUAGUACUAGUAUUAUCUUCAUCAUCAUUAUUACCAUAACUUUUUUACAUCCUCUUCCAUAUGUUAGACUUAGAACCAUAUUGACACACACUAAUGUCAAGGUAUUUUUCUUUCCUUUUCGUAUUCAGGACACUUAUUUCAACAUGAGAGAGUAUGAUACCACCCUUUAUGCGAAUGUCGAUGACCUAUCUAUGGAAUGAACGAAGACAAUCAGUUGCAACGUAUCAUAGAGGGAGGGGAUCAGUUUUAAAUAUUCUUAGCAGACUGCAGAGUAUGGUUACAGGUGCUUUGUCUGCCUUGCUUCAGUCUGGUUUUGAAGUUGAUUCAUCUUUAAUGAACGUUCAUUGUGCAUUUGUUUUUGUUUGUUUCCUUAAAUUCAGUCUCAAAAUACCAAAUUAUUCCUCAAUAGGUUUUGGCAGUUUUUAAACAAGAAUUCAAACUCUCAAAUUAACUUUUGACUUUGCUUUAUCUACUUGUAAAUCUAUAACGAGUUUGGUGACCUCUAUUUCUCAUCCUCGAACGGCAGUCAGCAUAUUAAGAUAAAUCAUUCUACAAAUUUUUUAAAAACAUUUCAAAGCCUGAUCAAGUUUCUUAUUAUUUAGGGUGGAUUUCAACGUUAAUUACAAACAUUUUUGAAGCUAGCACUACAAUUGGUAAAAUUCUGUUAAUGGUAUGAAUCAUAAAUUUUCAUUUUUUAGAAAUAUGCAGUCGGUUUUUUUUUUCACUGAUUCGAUACACGACCCUACAAGCAAAUAGUAUUUAGACUAUAAUAAGAAUAAUGAUAUUGUUUAUGGUCUGUGAUCUGCUAGAGAACAGAUGCAACAUGGAAACUAUUUGUUAUCCACUGAAAUUAAAAUGUUUACACUGAAGAAAUGUAAAAUGGUUUCCGUGUUUACAUAGCCUGAUGUAAACAGGCAGGAGAUUGGGAGAACACGAGAUAAGCGUAGGAAACCACGACGCGAAGCGGAGUGGUUUUCAGCUUAUCAAGUGUUCUCCCAACCUCCCAAGUGUUUACAUCAGGCUAUGUAAACACGGAAACCAUUUUACAUUUCUUUUAUAAAAUAACUAAUGAAAGAGGAACGAAAACCGUGUUUACCUACGCUCAUGUAAAAUGGUUUUAUGGCCAAUCAGAGCGCGCGUACUAUUUGAAUUAUUUUAUAAAUUAACCUGCCACAUAAUUUUUUCAGGAGAGAUAAAUACUUACAUUGAGAAACGACUAGGCAAAUGAGUAAUGGUUUUCGGGCGGGUUAAAUGGCUUAAACGGAAGAGAUAGGCGAAGUACUAUUUACCUCCCAGCAGUCAAACAGGAACAAAGUAACCGUUUCGAGGAAAGUAUUUCAUGAAAUGAGGUUGUUGUUCAUGAUUAAGGGUGUGAAAUCAAACUUACCGUAAAUUAUAUUUGUUUGAUGUUCUGAAAUAACAACUUUCACACACACACACACACACACAUGACUAAUCUUAACUACUCGGCACCACAAUAAUAGAAACCCUUAUCUCAUGGGUUCACCUCCUUCACAGGCUUGACUUUUUCAGGAUUUAGUAUCACUACUGCUUAAGGUAGCGUUCAUUACUGCGAAGAUCGCUCUCUUCUUUUUUUUUUUUUUUAAUAAUCCGUUGUUUAAACAUAUUAUGUUUAAACACAUGUUAUUCAUAUACACGUCACUUCACAGGUUUAUCACAAACCAUCAAAACCAACAACUCCCAGUUGGCUUGUUCGCUAAGUUGGAAGAGCACUGCACCGAUAGCGCGGUA